UGGUUGCUGCCUUCUACCCGCUAGCCGGAAAUCUGGAUUAUUUAUCGUUCAAUUGCUAGCAAAACUGAUAGUAACUUACGGAAUUUGAUUGAGAUAUUUACACUCUACUAUACCAGCUGAAACAUAAUUGCAGGGAACGUCAACAGUCAGCCAUCACUAUCCGCCAUUAUUGACUUUGGCCGUUCAUUGACUGGUAACAAUUCAGAGUUUUACCAAGAUGGCUGGUGCACCACCACCACUGCCUACAUCAAGGCCCAAAGGAGCUUAUGUACCUCCCCCUGUACCGUCCAAUCGUCCUAAAGUUGCCUAUGUGCACCCUCUCCCUCCCUCCACACCAGAGCCCAACCGAGAGGACGUUAGCAUGAAACCUGGCCAACAAUCUGGCGUGAUAAACAUGGACCAAAAUGAUGGAGCCCCAAGUAGCUUAGGACAGCAAUUGCAGGCGGCGCUUCAUGGUAGGAUGAUGAAUAACUUAAAUAACAUCUCCAGCAAACCUAACCAGACUAAUAAUGCAACUAAGGUGGAAACACAGAGACCGAUCCCAUCUCAGAGACCAGAGAUUGCACAUAAACCUGUAUCGGUACCAGCGCCGAAUGCCACUCCCAAAAAUAGACCUUUGAGCUAUAGCUCCUUUGGGGACCUGUUUGGCGGUAGCACUAACAAACAGCAGCCACAGCAGCAGCCCGCAUCAUUUUCAAACCAAACCCCUCAUACAUCAUCAUCAACAUCAUCAUCAUCUUCCGCAUUUAAUCAGUUAAGCGGCUUGUUUGGUUCCUCAUCCUCAUCUUCACCAUCCACAGAGGGAAACGUAUCCUUGACAGCUACGUCGGAGCAGAAGAAAGCUGCUGCUCAUUUCUCUUGGAAUGUUGCUAAGGAUGCCUCAAAGAAUGUUAGUGCCAAAGAUGUCUUCAGUGUUGGGGGUCUCUUUGCAUCUGCCUACAACAACAAGGGCAAUGUGAAUGCUAGCCAGGAACAGCAAGCAGCUCUUGGACGCGUCUCGGGUCAAGUUGGUCAGAGCGCUGUCAAUAAUGUCACGGCGAAGGAGUUGGGACAUGCAGCUGACUUUGCAACCACAAAUGUUAAGAACAAUAUGGCAGGGACUGCAGAACCGAGCAAUCAGCAACAAUCCUCAAUGGAUCUGCUUGCUCAAAUGAUGGGAAGCAAAGGAGGAGGGCUACCGCCACCACCGCAGAAUCCUUCGGCCAGAUCCAGACCAAAGCCGUUGCAGCAGAAUACCCCAGCUCAACCAAAUCUCAUGUCAGGUCUCCCACCCCCUCCUUCUCCCACCCCACGUCAGAAGGUAGCGCCUCAGGCCCAGAGGGUAGCCCCUCAACCCCAGAGGGUUGCGCCCCAGCCCCAAUCAACCCACUUAGCCCCUCCAAGAGCAGCUCCAAGGGCACCACCUUCCAAGACAAAGCCUCAAGGAGGAAGCUCGCUGAUUGACUUUGAUCCUUUGGAACCAGUCAAGUCUGGGCCACCAGGUUUACCCAAGUCCAAGGCUCAGGGUGGAGUUGGAGGCAGGAUCAAACCCACCAUUAUCAGACCAAAUGCGGGUAACAGUAGAUCUUCAUCACCGGCAGUAGAUCAGCAAGAGAAGAAGAAGAGCAAGCCCCCUCCAAGGCCCGUCGGUGGUCCUCCGAUGAAGAAGCUGGCUCCGGCGAGACCCAGCGCCGUCCAUGGCACCCGGUCUGCCGGGAGUACACCACCCAGGCCCAGCGGCCUACAACCAAAGAGGAAAGCACCUCCUCGUCCUGGCAGUCAGAAAGGUAAAAAGAAUGCUCCCAAAGGCCCAGGACGAGGAGGAGGCGGAGGUGGAGGGGCGGCAUCCAAGAAAUUACCACCAAGGCCCGGACCAGGACAUCCACUUUAUGCUAAAUAUAUGGGAUCUGAACCCCAUGCUGUUGCUACAUUUGAUUAUAAAGGAGUUGAGGCCGAUGAACUCUCAUUCAAGACUGAUGACAUCAUCAUUCUCGUCAGGAGGAUCGAUGCUGAUUGGUUGGUUGGUAAAUGCAACAACAAGGAAGGAAUGUUUCCAGUUCAGUUUGUUAAAAUCGUGAAAGAUCUCAACGAAACUAAGGAGGAUGAUUACAAUGGCCCCCAGGCUGUAGCACUGUUUGGGUUCCUAGCCUCGGCGGCUGAUGAGCUAAGCUUUGAUGAGGGUGAUACCAUCAAACUAUUAGGAACGGUCGGCACCGUGUGGUUCAGGGGAGAACUGAAUGGAAAAUCUGGUAUUUUCCCCUCCAAUCAUGUGGAAGUCAUUAUACCUCUACCAGAUGGUUCACCAUCCACAGAUAGUAUCAGCGGACCUCGCUGCAAGGCCAAGUUUGACUACACCAGCAGCAGCGCGGACGAUCUGACCUUCAACGAGGGCGCCAUAAUCAAACUAACUGGCCGAGUAGGUGAUGAAUGGUUUAGCGGUGAGCUGAACGGACAAUCUGGCAUCUUCCCUGGUGCUUUCGUUGAUGUGAUUGAAGAUCUUCCUCCUUCCCGAAGGGCUUCUCCGACUAUAGGAAAUGAAGUCCGUGCAAUGUAUGACUUUGAUGGAGCAGACAAUACAGAGCUUACUUUCAAAGAUGGAGAUAGGAUCACUGUGACAGCACAGGUCAGUGGUGAUUGGUUGGAAGGAGAACUAAAUGGAAAGAAGGGAAGAUUCCCAGCUGCAUUUGUAGAUAGAACACCCCCUGGACUUCCACAAGCUACUGAUAUUGAGACAUCUGGAGUCGAUCCCCAUUGUGUGGUAUCAUUUGACUUUGAACCUGCCGGGGAUGAUGAGAUCAGACUGAAAGCGGGUGAAAAGGUCAUCCUCCUUGAAAGGAUCGGCGAUGAGUGGCUUCGCGGCAAGGUUGACUCGCGAGAAGGUAUCUUCCCUCGUUCAUUCGUGGACGUCGUCAUAGAUCUUCCGUCUGCUGGUGCUACGCCGUCUACUGCUAAGGCGCUCCAUGACUUUGAUGCAGAAGAUGCGGAUGAGCUGACAUUUAAAGCUGGAGAUGUGAUUUCCAUCACAGAGCGUGUGAAUGACGAAUGGCUGAUGGGCACAGUCAAUGGCAAGUCUGGGCGAUUCCCCGCAGCAUUCGUUGAACUCUCGUGAUGCGUGUUUGGAGAAUCAGUAGAUAGAGAUUAAUUCCUUCUCAUUGAACAUUGGUACAAUUCAACUUGAAUAUACUGUAUGUAUUUGUAUCAAGCAACUUAUUCGUGAAACUUCCGUACAAAGACCCCUUCCCAAAGAAGAGUUGAUUCCUCUCCUAUGCUUAAACCAGUUUAACGAGGCAAAGCGACCUUGAAGACCACAUCGUGAGGUGGUUUUCCAAACUGAUUGAAAGACCACUUAAAAUCACUUCCAAGAUCACUUUGAGCAAUCCCAUUAAAGUCGUUUCCACUAAACUAAUUUAAAUAAGUAGAUGAGAACUGGGUCUGAGUCACCAUUCAUUUCAGUGGUAUGGAGUUAACAUCCCACCGCUGCCACAAUUAAUUGAAUGCCUAAUGUAAAUUCACUCUGUUCAAUCCUUUGAGCACUUUAAAUAUAUAUUAUUACCAUAGUCAUUGGAUUUAGCAUUUACAAGGAUCCUCCAAAAGAUGUUGUUAAAGCUUCAUAAUUACAAAUGAGAGUGUGUAAGAAAUACGGGAAGAUUAAACUUUCACCAGUUUCUAGGAAUAUUGUAUAUUUGUAAUUAGUAAAACGAUGUAUAUUGCUGUAUAAAAUAUAUGGUAUGUGCAAAGUUUACGUAUAAGCCUUUCUAAAGAUGUGUCUGCAUGAUGCUUUAUUUCAUUGGACAGAUUCAAGCCUUGUUCAGAAUCGACUUGUUUGUGCCUCCAUUUUUUCCCCAUAGUUUCUGACAAUUGAUUCGAAAGAUCAAUAUUAAACUAUGCCCAUAUUUGCAUAUCGGAAGGAUGAAUCUGUGAAUAGAUUUGAUGUAUCAAGCUUGCAGUUUAAUAAUAGUGAUGGUUAGUUAAUUUGUAGUUUGCAUCUGCAUGGUCUGCUAACAGAUAAUGAACCAUCGUAAGUAGGGUUGGCAGUUUUAAAGAAAUUUCCAAGCCAGGAAGGAAAUACUGGGAAAACCCUAUAAAUCCUUGGAAGUACUUUUUUAGGAUACACUGGGAAAUGCUAGAAUAUGCUUGAUAAACAACUGGGCAAUAUUCAAGAAGUAUAUUAAGUGUUUCCCUGCUUUUCCAACUAUUAUCCCAUAUUCCUAAAUAAUUCUUGAGGCAGUAUUUGCUGUGAUUUUCAAACAUUAUUUCUACUCCAGCCAACUCUGAUCUUGAUGACUUUAGUCUCAAUAUUCUAUAUGGAGUUAACUUAUAUGUCUAUUUGUCAGUUGCUUGUCAUUUGUGAUAUGUUCAAUGUUCAUUGUAUUCAUUAGCUGUUUGUAAGGGUGUGCAGACAUACACUGAAGCUGAAUUUGAUUUUGGACAUGUUAACAAUCUUUUAUCAUACAACAUGCUAAAUUAAAUGUAUAUGCUAUGUUUACUUUGAACAAUUUGUACUUGAAUGUUUUACCAGCUGGCAGUACAUUUACGUUCCUUAUUUGUUCUAGCAAAUCAGCAAAAACUGAAAGUUUGUAGAUGAAACUCACGGCAUGACCUUGCCAUUCAAUUUGUGCACUGAAGUAGACAUUCUACUUGCUGUUAAGUGUAUAUCUCUAUGUGUGUGACCCAACAACUCCCAGUCUACUCUUUAUCAUAAGGUAGGUAUUUCCAGUCCGCUCGCAUCUGCUUUUGCACUGCAUUCUCAUUCUCUUCUGACAUUUCAAGGAAGAAACAUUGUAAAACUUGCUACCUGUAUUAUCCCUCUUUCCUUGUACUAUACUUACCUGCAAGCUACCAGAAGUCACUGGGUUAUGCAAGUACAUGUAAAUGGCGUGAGCUACAUCAGGGAAUGUUGAUUCUCAUCUUGAUUGUCAUUAGUGAGAAUUAUUCCAAAUAUUUCCUACUGAAAGGGUAUUUAGCUGGAACAAAUACAUUUGAUUUCAAUAGGGAAUUUUCCUUGUGCUGCAUUUCAUUACUGUGAGAUCACACGCAUCAUUCAUUUGUCAUGCAUAUCUUCACUCAUUCCCUGAGUACCUGGGGAGUAUUUCAUGGAAACAAAAGUCAGUUAUUAUCACUGACAACUGUUAUAAGCUGCUUAAAUACUUGCGUAUGAUUGGCUGAGAGAAAAGUUUUUCUGAGAAAAUCACUGGCAAGAUGCCUCAUGAAACACUAACCUGGGAAGCAUUUUUAAUGAAACAUAUGAUCAAUGGUAGUUAUAAGCUACUGAAAUCCUUGUAUCUGAUUGGCUAAGAACAAAUGAGUCAGUUAAAAUGACUGGCAAGAUGCUUUGUGAAACACUCCCCAGAUUUUGUUAGAGAAUUCAAGUGUAAAACUAAUGGAGGGAAUUUCAACUAAGUAAAUAUGUACUCUAGCCAUAUGUUACUUGAUUCUUUAAAGUGUGGUAGGGCCUUUAUUACAUCAAACACUCAGAGUUACAUCAAUUGAAAUUAAUUGUAGAUAUUAGAUAUCCUUUAUAAAGUAUUGAGAAGGUGUAUAUGGAUUGCAUGAAAUAAUACUGAAGAUCAAAUAUUUAUUGUGAUUGAAUAUUCAAGAUGUCCCAUUAAUUAUUGUUCUGUUGUUUUUUUUAAAUAAAAUAAUUGAUAAAAGACAUUGAACAAAAUGCUAUGCAACUGUAAAUGCCUCUACUUUUAUAGUUGAAGAUGAAUUAUCAUAUAUACUUUGUAUCUUGACAUAUUUUCAUUUUCUACAUCUGAUUGCCUCUAAGCAGUUGCUCUUUGAAACAAACCUUCUUUCCCCCCAAAUAGAAAAAUCCUUCAAUCACAAACUAAAACAAUUUUUUACAUGUUUAUUAAAAAUCCUCUGUUAAAAUUGUUUUUGAUACUUUCAAAGUUACAGAAGUAAUAUAUAAUAAAUAAAAAAAAAAGAAUUUCACCUACAGUCAAAUGUUUUUAAAAAUUAGUCAAAGUGCUAUUAAUAUCUUUAGAUUCAUACUCUUGCCUUACAUUUGUGUAGAAUUGAAGAAUUGUAUAAAACAUAGAUAUAUUUUGUUACAAAGUUUUAGUGUUGUAUGAAGAAAAAAAUAUAAAGGAUUAUAUGUUUUGGAACCAAUAAAUCUGUCAAGAGUUAUAUAUAUUUUUAGACAAGUUUUCAUGGAGAUUUUAGGCAUUCUCAAUUUUAAAUUUGUCAAAAAAAAUGUUAAAACAUGAGCAUGUAUUGUUUUGUUUACUGUAUGGUACAUGUAUAUUCUAUCCUUAGUCUAUUUUCCUUGUUUAAAUGACCAAUUUUCAUCUUCUUUUCUAGGGGCGGAUCCAGGAUUUUUCCAGAAAAUUUUUGACCAGCCAAAAGACAAAAGGGUCUUCACUCCCGAAUGAAAGUGAUUUAAACAAAUAAAUUUUAAAAGCAAAAAAAAAAGAAAAUCCACCAAAAAGACAUUUUGUCUUUAAUUUUGUUAUCCCUCUCAAGGGGGGGGGGGGGGAGGGGGAGGGUGAGGGAUAUGAGCCCAAUGUGCCCCCACUUGGAUCCACCACUUUUUUUUCACUUUGCACCGUCAAGUAAAUAAAGCUUGCUUGAUAUUCUACAAUGUUGUCAUUUUAUAUAAUGUACAUGGUAAAUGUUUACGGCAGACUUCUUAUUUUUUAUGUGCACAUCAAGUAUUCAAUUUGGUUGUUAAAAAGAUUAUUGAUGUGGAUUAGCGUUCAAUUUUAUCUUUUGCACUUGUUAUAGUAACACCCCCCCCCCCCAUCAUCCCCACCCUACAAUGAACAUUCACAACAGGGAUGCAAAUCCUCCAAAUGCACUUAUGAUCACAAAUUCUAACUUUCUUAACACAAAUUUCUCUUAAAUAUCAGAAUUUCAAAUUACAAUAAUGUACUGCUUCUGUGAUUAUCUCUCUGUUAUUUUCAGGUAAAACUCUAUCAGUAUUAUAAGUUUAGCUUCCUUGUAACCAUGCUGGGCAUGCCUUCUUAUUUCUAUUUACCUUGUUACUAUGCGUCACGUCCUUGAUUGUAAAUUUUAAGAAUUUUAUUAAACUGUUCAUAGGUCUUCUGUAAAAACAACUUUGAAUAGUUUUCUAGUUGUUUAUGCUAUAUUAGAGCAUGAAACAAAUUGUUAUUUUUUAUUGAAAGUAGUAUAAAAAAAAUUCAGCAUGAAAAUUAGCAAUUGUGCAACGUAAUUCUCUUUAAUAUUUCAUAUCUGCACCAGAGUAAAUACAUGUAGAUUUGUUAAGUUUUAUUGAUUUGUUACAUUAUUCUAGUGAAGAAAUUAAAACUGGUAGUAUUACUUACCCGGGGAAAGGAAAUAUGCAAAAAUAUACUCAUAUUUUACUGGGAAGAGUUUAAAAGGACAGAGGAUCGAUUAAUUACAUCAUUAAAAUUUUUUGUUUCAUAUUUAUACAUACAAUGACGAUUUUACUGUAGGCUUGAAUUUUAACUGCAAAUAAUAUAUUAUAAAAAAAAUUAGUUCACAUGAUAAAUGCUGCUGUGUUUUGAUAUCAUGUACCUUACUUGUUGGUAUGUAU